CCUCAAUUUAAAAUUCCUGCAGGCUUAAAAUUGAAAAUACUCAAAAAAAAGUACUGAGUGUUUGUCCAGUUGAUCUCUUUAUCUUUGGGCCAGUUCAGAGAUCCAGAGAUCAGGAGAGAGUUUGAGCUGAAGUAUGUAGUGUACAGUAUAGGUUGCUGACCCACACAAGCAAAUGCAAGGCCAUGAAGAAGCAUCUGACUGAUUGACUCAGGCUGAUAAGGUGCCUGCUUGAUAAUUCAGAGGUCGCAAGUUCAGUUCUUGCAGUGUGGUAAAUUUCAAAUGUGGAUCCGCAGCUUUGGGGCAUUUGCUGAAAAGACUAAUGUUAUCUCACAAAACCACAAAAUAUCGUGGGGGUCAUCUUUUAUGGGAGGACAGAGUGUAACUUUCAAACAGUGCCUGCUGUGACAUCCUGCUAAUAUGUUGAUCAUGUUUAUUUAGACAGUGGAUUGAAUUCUGUGCAGUUUAUUCAUUCAACUCAUCAUUUCAGUCACUAGACUUCAAGUAAGUUGAACUCAUGUUCAGAAGUGGUCUGAUCAUUAAAACUAGACAUUUUGUACAAAAUAUAUAUUUUAAGUUGAAUUAACUUCAAAAUAGUUCAAAUGAAAUCUUGAAAAAAUAAACAGAGGAAAAUAGAUUAAAAUAACUAAAUAUAUUAAACUAUAAGAAGCUAUAUGAAUGAAGAAUAGCAGGUGCACAUUUAUUAGAACACAGAAAUCUGUCAUAACACAGAGUUCUAUUAGAACACAGUUGUGUCACAGCUCAGUGAGUUCUACUAGAACACAGAGAGGUUUUCUGUAGACACAAGUUUCAGUUUAGUUUUAUUCGCCGUAGUGAACAGACGUAUCUGUGUGAUUAUCUGUACUGAACUAUUGAUAUUUUAUCACGAGAAGAAAACGCACUGACUCAACCUGAAGACAGAGAGUUCGAUAAGAAGAGAGAGAAACACAAGAGCAGAAGAGACAAAGCUCGACUGAAGAUGUCUGCAGACAGACAGAGCACAACUCCAUCUGAGCAUCUUGAGGAUGUUCUGCAGGAUGAAGACGUCAGCUUCUGCCGCACCUCUCCAGCCAUGUCUGAGGAGAGCAUCAUGACAUACGCCACUUGGUGCUCCAUCGCCGACUCAGACAUCUCUGAGAUGAAUACACCUCGUGCUCAGGAUCUCAAUGAGGUUAUCAGAGGUGUAUGUCAAAACUUUGUGGAUCCUGAGUACCCAGAGGAAGAGGAGGAGUAUUUUGGAGACAGAGAGGAACUCCUCACCACUGAGACCGGAUUCUCCUCCAGAUUUUCCAUCAGGUCAGAGGAGAGCGAGAGACCAUCUUCCUCUGCUUCCUCUUUCUCCACCACCACAGCAAUUACUGAGGCAACCCAAAUGCUCGGCAGGAGGCUGUCAGGAUCCUGCAGUCCACUGACUCUGCCAGCAAACCCAAGAAACCAGCUGUCAUUCUUCAAAAAGCUGAAGUCAACAUGGAAGAGCAACUCUAUCGGGAAGGAGACCGAGAUGCUCAAAAAGGUUUCUUCUUCCAAAGCUUCCUCCAGACUGGAGAUGACCUCCACCCCUCUGGAGAUCAUUGAAGAAGAAGACACAGCAGAGAAAGACUCCACCAGCCCAUCUCCAUCACCCAGUCAGGUGGAUGAGGCUUCAACAGAUUUCCAAGACGAGGAAAGAAAUGAGGUCCUGAUGACUGCUGCCAACACUGAGGGGGAAGUGUCUACCCCUGACCCAGUGGACAGCUCCUCUCAGGCCCUAGAGAAAACCCCCAGUCUGAGCUCUCCAUCAGAGAAAGAUGGACCAGGACCCUCAGAAGAGGACGGACAUUCUGCAUGUUCCCAGGACCAAAAGGGAGAAGCAGCAGAACCACAGCUUGUCCUGAAUUCUUCCACCAUCUCUCCCAUAAUAAGGAGAUUCUUCGAAAGCCUCACCGAAGAGCAGUGGAGAGAGGUAAAUGAAGGAAUUUACAACCAAGCUGUGAAGGAGAAACUCAUCAACAUGUGCACAGAUGUGCUGAAGUUCGUCACAGACUUGGUCAUUAGAAAGGUCUUACAGUCCAUCCGCCAGCCCUCCGUCACAUCUGGCGCCUUCAACCUGAUCAGACCCAGGUCCUUAGAGCACCUGAAGGAGUUUUUGGACAACAUCCACAACAGUGUGCAAAUCAUUUUGAGCCAGGCUAUCUGCGAUACCAUCGGUGCAGACAUCCCUGUGAGGAUUCCAACCGACUUCACGGCAGCCGUGAUGACUGAGGUCGUCUCUGUCCUCUCAGUAGCUAGACAAGCCCCAUUGGAUGGACGAUCCUCCAGUGCUGUUGCUCCUGCCCGCUGCCAGGUGCCAAAAGACAGAGCAGCAGAGAAGACCCUGGCAUUUUGGCUUUCAGUGAUGAAAUCCUUCCUCACAGGAAAAGGCACUGUAGUGAAGAGAAGGAUUAUGACACAAAAAGAAAAUGACAACAAAGAAGAGACACCGGCAAAAGGACAUGACACCAGAAAGAAGUCACUGUGGAAGAGGUUUUUCAGUGCAAGGCAGAAGAUAAAGAUCCAGCCUCUCCUACUGGAACAGGACUCCACCACCUCCUCCAGUGUCUUCCUGAAAACAGACCUGAAGUCCUCUCCUCUGGUAUUGGAAGAUUACAUGGAAGAUGAGGACACGACACCAAACUCCCCUCUGUCCUCCAUCAGCCCGAUCCCACCAGAUCAUCAGGAGUUUGACUUCAUCCUGACGGACCCAGCCCUGGUUGAAGCAACAGCAGAUGAGCUACAUGAAGACGUGAGCCAGUCCUCUCAGUCUCAGCCAAGAGACUCCGUCAGAGAGGCCGAGGAGAAGACGAGAAACAGCUUUUGCAGCUUCCUCCAUAAAAUCUUCUCAAAGGAUGAGAACAAAAAGGAGACCGAGAAGGAGGAGAAGAAGACUCAGCGCAAAUGUUUUCCUCUGUGGAAAAGACUGUUUUUCUGCCGUCCAUGCAGCUGUUGCUUCGACCAAUAACUUGACCAGGACCUCCAUCUAUCUCUCCCCCAUUUCUUUUCUCUUUAUCCCCUCUCCCCCAAUCUCUCCUUUCUUCCCUUCUCUUCACCCCCCCCCAU